AUGUAUAGAAGUGAUACAAAAUAUAUGAGUCAAAUGACAUCCACUGAACCGAAUCGUUUUAAUUCUGGUAAGGGAAAUCAACAAAAUUCAUUUCAAGGUCAAACAAUGUUCGCAAGCCAGCAAUCAUCAUCAUUUCCAUCAACACAAAACGCACAUUUACAAACAACUUUUGAAAUACAACCAAGUUAUGGUUAUGAUUUAGGAUCAAUAUCACAACAAGAACCUAUUCAACAACAAUCAAGUGGGCAUGAUCUUUUUGGUUCUCAAUCACAAGAUAAAUCAAAUCAAAUAAAUACACAACAAGAAUUAAGCACUGGUGAAAGUUUUCUACAUCCCCAAAGCACACCAUUUUUUCCAACACAAAAUAAUCAAUAUAUUCCACCAGCACCACCAUCAUCUGUAGCACCAUCAUUAUCAUCAUCUCAAUCACCACCACCACCAGCACCAACUCAACAACAAGAGCUUCCUUUACCUCCAACUGCAUUCCCGUCACAACCACUAUUUAAUCCACAACCAAUUAGCAAUGACAUAUCACCACCAUCACCUGGUUUAAAUGCACCUCCACCACACCAACCACCAUCUCCAUCAACAACAGCACAUACAGCACCAUCUUCAGCACCAUCAUCCAGUUCAUCAUUAUAUGAUGAUAAUUCAUAUCAACCAACAGCUUAUGAUUCAACAGAUGGUUAUUAUCCACCAGCAAAACAAACAGUUCACAAACAUAUAUAUGUACAUAUACCACCAAAAGAUUUUGAUGAAGAAGCACCACGUCAACAUUUUAAAGUUCCUCGGCCUGAAAAACAUUAUAAAAUUAUUUUUAUUAAAACACCAACACCAACACAACCCCAACCAGUUGUACCACCCCUACCACAAAAUGAAGAGAAAACCCUUAUUUAUGUUUUACAUAAAAAACCUGAAGAACCAGAAGAUGUUACUAUACCAACACCAGAACCAACCCAACCCUCUAAACCCGAAGUAUAUUUUAUCAAAUAUAAAACAAAUAAUUUACCUGCAUUAUAUGGGGCACCAACUCCACCAUCUGAAGAAGAUGCAACUGCUGCAGCUGGUCAUGGUUAUCCACCAGCUUUACAAUCAUCAGGUGAUGAAAAUCGAUCACAACUUAUUGAACCAAGAAAUGGAAACGAACAUAUUGGUAAUAAUGGUAUUGAAGUAAGUAACACAUUAUACAAUGCCACAAUUACAAAUCUUCAUCGAUACUUUUAG